AUGCGCAAUUUUGUCCACCCGAGAUCGAAGCAUGACUUAGUUUCCCCUCCAGCGUUGGGGCAUCAAACCCGAGGAGGAUGUGCCCCUCGCGAUGGAAUCCGCCUGUUGAGUGUGCUACCGGGACAACAGACCCAUCCGGGAAACAAAGGCAGUCUUGCUCUGAUUGAUAUUGGGCUUCCCGAGGAGUACCAGGACAUCGGGAGUAGGGACUCGGAAGAGAAAAGAGUCGACCCAGGAGCCGCUUGCGUGGAUUCCAGUGCCGCUGAAAAAAACUUUGACCUGGUGUGGGGAUCGAGUUUAGAUACGUCGCUGAGUGGAUCUAUUAGCCAGGGACGGGUGACGGAGCGAUCGUCGGCGACAGGUCACAGCGCUCCAACUGAUCUCUUGGCUCUGUUCAUGGACAGUAACAUUUGUCUAGAGAACAAAUAUAGCAGUCAGGAGGAGCGACGCAGUCCGUACUCAACGCCGGACUCAGCGGGAUUGACGCCUACAGAUUCAAACAUUAUUCACCAUCACCAAGUUCCCCAGUCCCCAAAUAUGUUUGAUGAGAUGGGGCAAAUUUGUUUGCCCAAAACUGGCAUUCUAUCAAUGUAUGACCCCCAACACCCUGGAACAAAUCUCGGGCCCACAAUGACCACCAUGGACUCAAAUUGCCACAUACCCCCGGACUCCCAAACCAACCGCAACGUCAUCCUGAAUCAAGCUGAGUCAACGCUUCCUUCUGAAGUAACCAGUCCAGUUUCCUUGGCAUCCAGCAUUCCUGGGAUGACUGACAAUUAUGCAACAAUGCGUCCUCCAGCUGUAACUCGUGUUCCUGGGAUAUUCAACGGCUCUGAAGUACACGAAGUGGCCGCAGCGGUGUCGACAGCACUCACGCCCGACUCCAACAACCUGGAAAGAGUGAACCAAUCUUCGUAUCAACUCUCCGGACAAGUGAUGCAUGGGAUGCCGGACAAAGCCCACGUGAUUUCAACGAACACCAGUCGCAAGCCGACUGCACGCACCUCGAAGAAGAAAAAGAAGAAAGAUCCGCACGAGCCGCAAAAGCCGGUGUCUGCUUAUGCGCUUUUCUUCCGUGACACACAAGCGUCAAUCAAAGUUCAGAAACCCAACGCCUCCUUCGGCGAGGUCUCAAAAAUCGUCGCUUCCAUGUGGGACACUCUCAACCAGGACAGAAAAAACGAAUACAAGAAGCAGACCGAGGUCGCCAAGAAAGAAUACCUCAAGCUCCUGGCUGACUACAAGGCAAGCCAUGUCUCUCGGACCGCGCAAGGGAAGAACUCGCGCGAGCCGCAUUUCCACCCGGGGGACGAGUACGGGCAUUAUCACGUGGAUGAAGUGAGCCGGCGAAACAACUCGCCGCGUCCCAACGCGAUCAUGAAUGAGAGCAUGUACAACGCGAUGCAGCAGCACCGCAUUCCUGCUUCCAUGCCGAAGAGCAAGGCCCAGCUGUUUUCCCCUCCGAUGAUGAACCCGGACAGCCAGGGCGUCGUGCCCCAAGGACCGCGAAGUGACGUCACCGGGGUCUCGCUGCCACAUCACAGCCCCCUGCAGGUGAGGAAAAGCGCCACGGUGACGUCUUAUUCCGGGGAUUCCCGCAGUUCUUUCACGCUCACGCUUUCGACCACUUGCUUCCCUGCUGCUGCGUAA